UGAACAGGUUGGACAGGAUUUCCGAGAUGGGAGAGACAGAUACCUGAGGGUAGUUUCCUGCUGUGUUUGUUCCGCUGGAAUACUUACAUUUUUCAGAUCCCAGUUCAUAUCCCAAGUAAGGGUGCCAGUGUUGACAGGCCGCAGGGAUGAACUGGUCAGCACUAGAGAGCCUCCUCAGCGGGGUCAACAAGUACUCCACUGUGUUUGGCCGUGUGUGGCUGUCCAUGGUGUUUGUGUUCCGUAUCAUGGUGUUUGUGGUUGCCGCCCAGCGCGUGUGGGGAGACGAGAGCAAGGACUUUGUGUGCAACACCAGGCAGCCCGGCUGCACCAACGUCUGUUACGACAGCAUCUUCCCCAUCUCACACAUCCGCCUGUGGGCCCUCCAGUUAAUCUUCGUCACCUGUCCAUCUCUCAUGGUCGUGGCUCACGUCAAGUACCGCGAGGGGAAGGAUUCAAAGUACGCUUCUCAGCACAAGGGCUCUCACCUGUAUGCCAACCCGGGGAAGAAACGUGGAGGCCUGUGGUGGACCUACCUGGUCAGCCUGAUCUUCAAGGCCGGGGUUGAUGCAGCCUUCCUCUACAUUCUCUACUAUAUCUACAAAGGCUAUGACAUGCCACGUCUCUCGAAGUGUGCCCUCGAACCUUGCCCCAACACAGUGGACUGCUACAUAUCCAGGCCCACAGAGAAGAAGAUCUUCACCAUCUUCAUGGUGGUCUCCUCAGCCGUCUGCAUCUUCAUGUGCAUCCUGGAGAUGUUCUAUCUGGUGGGCAAGCGGUUACAGAAGGUGCUCAAAGUACAGCAGGCCAACGAGAGACUUCUCUUCGCUGAGUGCCAUGAGGUCACCAACAUCGCUCCGCCGAGGUCAUCAUAUAUCAGGGUAGAUCCAACUAUUGGGAGCCAAGAGAACAUCAGCAGACAGAAGAAGACAGAGGAGGCUGCUGCCACAAGCCUGUAGCCCUGAUCUGUUUGAUUUUGGUGCAUAUUAGACUGAAACAUUUCAGAAGUUUACAUACACUUAGGUUGGAGUAAUUAAAACUU